UUAGACUUCCGCCUGGCUCUCAUUCAGCUUCAUGUAUCUGCUGUUAAAUCAGAUAACCUUCAGCGAGCCUGUGGACUGGUGAGAGAAGCAUCAGCUAAAGGAGCAAAGGUUGUGGCUCUACCUGAAUGUUUUAAUUCUCCGUAUGGAACCCAAUACUUUAAGGAGUAUGCCGAGAAGAUCCCUGGGGAAUCAACACAAAAGCUCUCAGAAGUUGCAAAGGAGUGCAGCGUGUAUCUCAUUGGAGGAUCCAUUCCAGAAGAGGACGGUGGGAAGCUGUAUAAUACAUGUACUGUCUUUGGGCCUGAUGGUGAUAUGUUGGCAAAGCACAGGAAGGUUCAUUUGUUUGACAUUAAUAUUCCUGGGAAGAUACAGUUCAAAGAGUCUGAAACACUGAGUCCAGGGAAUAGUUUCUCUGUGUUUGAUACUCCAUACUGUAAAGUGGGCCUGGGCAUCUGCUAUGAUAUGAGAUUUGCUGAGAUGGCUCAAAUCUACGGACAGAAAGGUUGCCAGCUGCUGAUCUAUCCAGGUGCUUUUAACCUGACAACAGGACCAGCUCAUUGGGAACUGCUACAAAGGGGACGAGCUGUUGAUAAUCAGGUCUACGUAGCUACCGUAUCUCCUGCUAGAGAUGAGAAAGCAUCCUAUGUUGCCUGGGGACACAGCACUGUAGUAAACCCAUGGGGUGAAGUCAUAGCCAAAGCUGGGGCUGAGGAAACGCUUAUAUACGCAGAUAUAGAUCUGAAGAAACUUGCAGAAAUACGUCAACAAAUUCCUAUCUUAAGCCAGAAGCGUUGUGACCUCUAUGGUGUAGAGAUGAAAAAGUGAAGCUGGGUGAACAGGGAAGGUUCA